GGCUCAACUGCAGCACGAGGAGGAAGAAGAGGAAGAAGAAGAAGCUGCAGCGAUUUUUAACGGUUUCGUUCGACUUUUUGUUUGUUACGAAGACUCCGGGUCUGACCUGUAGUGUGAAAGGUAGUCUGUCCCGGUCUGAGGUUGUCAGCCGUGUUUCUGAAGCUCUCCCGGUACUUGGACAGUGUGUUCAGACCUGACCAGAGGAGUGAUGACGGAGUUCCAGGAGAAGCUCCUUCAGCAGCACGAGGAGUCGAUGCACCGCGAGCUGGAGGCGCUGCUCUCGACAGCCAACGAGGCCGAGAUCUCCAGAAAAGACUUCGAUGGCUUCAAGAAGCUGUUCCACAGAUUCCUGCAGGUCAAAGGUCCUUCAGUCGACUGGGCCAAGAUCAACCGGCCGCCGGAGGACUCGAUCCGUCCCUACGAGAAGAUCAAGACGGAGGGUCUUCCCGACAACAUCACCGCCAGCCUCAACAAGCUCGCUGUGGUCAAACUGAACGGCGGUCUGGGAACCAGUAUGGGCUGCAAGGGCCCCAAGAGUCUGAUCAGCGUCCGCAACGAGAACACCUUCCUGGACCUGACCGUCCAGCAGAUCGAGCAUCUGAACAAAACGUUUAACGCCGACGUGCCGCUCGUUCUCAUGAACUCCUUCAACACUGACGAGGACACAAAGAAGAUCCUGCAGAAAUACAAACACCACCGCGUCAACAUCCACACCUUCAACCAGAGCAGGUAUCCGAGGAUCAACAAGGAGUCGCUGCUGCCAAUCGCCAAACACAUGGGGAUGAACGGUGAGAACGGGGAGGCCUGGUACCCGCCGGGUCACGGAGACGUCUACGCCAGCUUCUCCAACUGCGGGCUGCUCGACAAACUCCUCGCCGAGGGGAAGGAGUACAUCUUCGUGUCCAACAUCGACAACCUGGGCGCCACCGUCGACCUCUUCAUCCUCCACCACCUGAUGAGCCAGCCGGCCGACCGGCGCUGCGAGUUCAUCAUGGAGGUCACCGACAAGACCAGGGCGGACGUUAAGGGCGGUACGCUGAUCCAGUACGAGGAUCACCUGAGGCUGCUGGAGAUCGCGCAGGUGCCGAAGGCCCACGUCGACGAGUUCAAGUCCGUCACCAAGUUCAAGAUCUUCAACACCAACAACCUGUGGAUCUCGCUGCCCGCCAUCAAGAGGCUGCAGGAGAAGAACGCCAUGGACCUGGAGAUCAUCGUCAACCCCAAGACGUUGGACGGCGGUUUGAACGUCAUCCAGCUGGAGACGGCCGUGGGCGCCGCCAUCAAGAGCUUCAACAACGCCAUGGGUGUGAACGUCCCCCGCAGCCGCUUCCUGCCCGUGAAGACGUCGUCCGACCUGCUGCUGGUGAUGUCCAACCUGUACAGCAUGGACGCCGGCUCGCUCACCAUGAGCAAGAAGAGAGAGUUCCCCACCACGCCGCACGUCAAGCUGGGCAGCUCCUUCACCAAGGUUCAGGAGUUUCUGUCCAGGUUUGAGAGCAUCCCGGACAUGUUGGAGCUCGACCACCUCACCGUGUCGGGAGACGUCACCUUCGGAAAAAACGUCUCUGUGAAGGGAACCGUCAUCAUCAUCGCCAACCACGGAGACCGGAUCGACAUUCCGGCCGGAGCGAUGCUGGAGAACAAGAUCGUCUCUGGAAACCUGCGGAUCCUCGACCACUGAGACAGAACAAGCCACUCGCACCUUGAAGACACUUGAGAUUCUUUUCUCUGAUGAACUCGGCUUCUUUUAUCGACCACCUCCUCGUGUUCGUGAUGCACGAGGACUUGAGGAAACCCGUCGCUGAUGAGCCUGAGCCUGAGCCUGCUGCGCUCGUCUGAUGCCCGACUUCAAAUUAGAAGUUUUGGGAUUUUUAACUGCUCAGUUUCAUUUAUCCUUCUAGAUGGUUGAACAUGUUUGGUUUCCAAAAUAAAAGUCUCUAGAAAUGA